AUGGGGACUGAAACAAUGCACUCUGUCUUUAUUGGGAACUUAUCUGAUCACGCCCGUCAUGAAGACAUAGAGAAGUUCUUCAAGGGCUACGGUAGUCUGCGGGAUAUUUCACUCAAGGGAGGCUACGGGUUUGUGCAGUUUAAGGACAAGUACGACGCUAAAGACGCAGUACAAGAUUUGGACGGUAAAGACAUUUGUGGACAACGAGUUCGCAUCGAACUUUCCAAUGGCGGGCGAGACAGAACUCGAAGAGGACGAGAUUCAUAUUCCAGAUCUCGUAGUCGAUCAAGAGAUCGCAACGGGAGGUACUCUCGAUCGACAAGUAGAUCACCCCGACGGAGCUAUUUUGAGCGAACAGCUUACAGAAAAUACGGUGCUCCGCGAAAAACCAAGUACGCAAUCGAAAUAGAAAAUCUUUCCGAUCGAGUUAGCUGGCAAGACUUGAAGGAUUUCUUCCGUCGUGUCGGCGAAGUGAGCUACGGUGAAGCCCACGAUAGGAUGCGAUGUGGGCCUGGACGUGGAAUAAUUUGUUUUGAAACGGGUUUCAUUUGA